AAAAACGUGCGGCAGAAGUACCACCAUCCCGUCGCCAUGGCGACCGAAGGCUCCAAUGAGAUCAAGGUGCGAUACCGCCAGUCUGACGUCAGCAUCAUCUCCAAGGCGACGAUGUGGUGGAUGAACGGGAUUCUGCUGGAGGGAUACCGGCAGCCGCUGGAGAUGUCAAACUUAGGAACCAUGCCACAUGAGCACAAAGCACAAUUACAGUUUGAGAAAUUUAGCAGAAUAUAUGCAGAUGAAAAGCACAAGUCAGCAGACCAGCCCUCCCUCUGGUGGUGCUACGUGAGACUAACGUGGCGGAUGAUGAUGAUGAGCGGACUGUAUAAGUUAUUCGGUGACCUUCUCGCCUUCGUCGCACCCUGGGUCAUCGACCGGGUCAUCCGAUAUGUCGUCCUGUACGACGCCGAUGUGGCGCCCCCUGGCGACCUCACAAACGUGACGACGACCACACAGGAUGUCGUCACGAUCGAGUACUUUGUAAAUAACGGCUUCGUGCUCAGCUUCCUUCUCUUCGUCUCCUCUCUGCUGCACCACACCUUCACCCAGAGUUCGUUUCUCUACUCUGCGAUAGAGGGCAUGCAAUUAAAGGCUGCUGUACAGUCGUACAUCUAUAACAAGGCGCUGAAGCUGGCGUCGUGGAACGACAAGGGGUCAGGUAUCAACGUCGGGGAGAUCACGAACCACCUGUCGACCGACGCCAGCAACCUGCUGAUGGCUGCCUCCUUCUUCCACUUCACCUGGACUAUACCUCUGGAGAUUGUUUUCAUCGCCUGCAUGCUCUACUACUACCUGGGAUACAGUGCAUUGAUAGGAAUCGCCGUCGUCGUCGUCUUCCUUCCUGUGCAGUACCGCAUCGCAUCCCUGUUAGCGGGCAUACAGAAACACACCAUGGAGUGCAUGGAUGAGAGGAUGAAGCGGACGAAUGAGCUUCUGCAGGGAAUCCGCAGCAUCAAGCUGUACGCGUGGGAAGCCCUCAUGUGCGACCGCGUGCACGCCGCACGACGCCGGGAGCUGCACUACCUACUGCGCGGCGCCUGCGUGCGCGCCCUCUCCACCUUUGUAAACAAUGGAGUUCCAAUCAUAGUCACUCUUUUGUCGUUUGGUCUCUACACGCUCUUCGAGGGAGAGCUGACUGCGACGAAGGCCUUCUCCUCGCUCGCGCUCUUCAACAUGCUCAACCUGCCACUGUUCAUGUUCCCUGCGAUUGUCUUCAUCAUGGUGUCUGCGCGCGUCAGCACCGGCCGCCUCGCAGCAUUCUUCGAGGCUCCCGAGGUCGACGCGAAGGAAGGGAGCGCCGCUGUUGUCGGCAACGGCGACAGCCGCGAUCCGCGUCGGCAUGUUGCUAACGGUUACGUGCCGUCGUCGACGGCGAUGAAGAACGGCGUCGGCAAGUGCAAGAUGUCGAACGGAGAUCUCGAGCUUCACGUCGGCGAGGGGGAGCCGCCGCUGUCGCGGAAGCCAGCCGUCGUCGUUGCCGUGGAGACGGAGCUGACGACGCUGCGUAAGCACGGCUCGGUGCUGGAGAUGUGUGACGCGAGCUUCGCCUGGGAUCUACACAGCAAGCAGCUUACCCUUCACUCCAUCAACCUGCAACUGCCAGCAGGUAAGCUGACGAUGGUUGUCGGCUCGGUGGGCUGCGGUAAGUCGAGCUUGCUGUCUGCGAUCCUGGGUGAGAUCUACACGGUGUCUGGUAGUGUGGACCACCGCGACGCCACCGCCGCCGCAUCGAUCGCGUACUGCGCUCAGACGGCGUGGCUGCUCAACGCAUCACUGCGUGACAACAUCACCUUCGGACAACCUUACGAGCACGCCAGGUAA